CUGUUUGUUUCAUUUCAUGUGUUUUGAUGAAAUAUAUUGGGCUAAAAGCUUUGGUGGAAGCUCUGAAACUAGAAAGAUGGACCCUGAUCCUGUAAAUGGACAAGAAGCCAUUGGUGGCCAACAUCCUGUUGUCCAAGGAAUUUCCCCAACUGGCCAGAUUUCUGUGGAAGCAAAUACUGACACAGACCCUAAUCUUGCUGGCAAUAUUGGUGGACAAAAUAAUCCAGUGGAAGCAAAUACCAGAAAGAGAAAGGAAGUCCACCAAAGAUCAGUUGUAUGGGACCAUUUUAAUGCUAUUAAAGAUGCUGAUGGGGUAAUCAUACAAGCUAAGUGUUCCUACUGUGCUCGUAUAUAUAGUUGUCAUGCUAAGAAAAAUGGCACAUCCACUUUGAGAGGUCACUUGCUUAGAUGCACUAAACACCCGCAUACUUUAGAAACUAGGCAAGCAUUGUUGUCCUUGCAGCCUGUUGUGAAUGUGGGUCUAGUCCCAAAUAGUGGUCCUGCUAUGUGUAAUGUUGCUAAUUGGAAGUUUGAUCAGGAAGCUAUUAGGAAAGCUGUGUCUUACAUGGUUGUUGUUGAUGAAUUGCCUCUGAAAUUUGUUGAGAAACAGGGCUUUAAGAGGUUGAUGAGUAUAGCUUGUCCUAAGUUUAAAAUGCCAUCUAGAUGGACUGUAAAUAGAGAUUGUUUUGCCAUGUUUGUGCAAGAGAAGCUAAAACUGAAACAAUUUAUGAAAACAAAUAGUCAAAGAGUCAGUCUAACUAGUGAUGCAUGGACUUCUAAUCAAAGAAUCAACUAUAUGUGUAUCACUGCCCAUUUCAUAGACAAUGACUGGAAGCUCCAUAAAAAAAUAAUUUCUUUUGUUCCUUGUUCAAGACAUAAGGGUGAAUACUUGUCAAAAACUUUAGAGUCAUGUUUGAAUGAGUGGGGUCUUAAGAAUAUCUUUACUGUGACUCUUGAUAAUGCUGAAAACAACACUGCUGCCAUGAGUUUUUUCAUGAAAAAAAUGUUGAGUUGGGGUACUACUCCUGCUAGAUGUAAAUACGCCCAUAUGAGAUGCAUUGCUCAUAUACUUAACCUUGUUGUGUCUGAUGGUUUAAAAGAGUCUAGGGCUUCUUUUGAAAAGGUUAGAGGGGCUGUUAGGUACAUAAAAAACUCACCUCUAAGGUUAAGUAAGUUUAAUGCAUGUAAGAAGUCAAUUGAUGUUGAUUGUAAACGUUCUUUGUGCUUAGAUGUCCCUAUCAGAUGGAAUUCAACUUAUCUCAUGUUGAAUACUGCUUGUAUGUAUCAGAGAGUUUUUGAGGAGUAUGAGGAAACAGAGUCUAGCUUUAAGAAUGAUUUGGGUGAGAGUGUUCCUAGUUCUAGUGAUUGGGAAAGUGUUAGGGAGCUAUGUGGUAUGUUAGAGUGUUUUUAUAAGAUGACAUUGAGAAUCUCUGGCUCUCUGUAUGUGACUUCUAACAAUCACUUAAAUGAAAUCUCUUAUUUGUGUACAAUCUUGCAAGACUGGAUGGGGUCUACUGAUUCUGGAUUGAGGUCUAUGGGCACUAAAAUGAAACAAAAAUUUGAUAAAUAUUGGGGUGAUCCAUCUGUUAUGAACAAAUUGAUAUUCUUUGCAAAUAUCUUAGAUCCUAGGGAUAGAGUUCUGUAUUUGGAGUAUACCUUGACUCACAUGUAUGGUGCUCAUGAAGGGAAAUUUCUGUACUCUUUUCUGAUAUGAUUUGCAUGAAUUAUUCAAUGAUUAUGAAUGCCAAUAUAAGAAAGAAAAGUCUGGUGGUGGCCAGACUAGUGUGCCAUCUGAAUAUGUUGGCCAUUUGUC